AUGGCAAACAAUAUUGAUUUUACCUCGUUGAAGGCCAGAGCCAUUGGAUCUGGCCUUGAUGAAGAGGCUGUUACAGUGAACACUCGAGCUCUAAUUGACAAAGUGCUAGCACGAUAUUCUGGAGAAUGGACCGUGUUGCGAGAACUCAUACAAAACGCCUCGGAUGCCUCGGCCACCAGAGUGGUAAUCAAAUUCGAAACUACGCCGUCUAUGACAGUUCCUGCACCUACUACUACAGACGACAGCUCACUAAUAAAACAUGUUAUAUCACAUCACACCAUAAAACGGCUCACGCUGCGAAAUAACGGUACUCCGUUCAGUGCCAAUGACUGGGCUCGGUUGAAGCGGAUAGCAGAAGGGAACCCAGAUGAAACCAAAAUAGGGGCUUUUGGUGUUGGAUUUUACAGUGUAUUUUCUGAUUGUGAAGAACCAUUUGUCUCUUCUGGUAGGGAGGCGAUUGCGUUUUACUGGAAAGAAAACGCACUUUUCACACGUCGUUUAAAACUAGACGAGAGAGACUCCAGCCCUGACACGGUCUUUGUGCUUGAUUAUAGAAAUACAACCUCACCAAUCCCGGGACUCAUGCCUCUCUGCCAGUUUCUUGCCAGCAGUCUUACCUUUGUUGGACUAGAGGCUAUAGAACUUUGGCUGGAUGGUUGGAACCUGUUAAAACUCUCAAAGAAGCUUGCCCCAGGCGUUCCGGUUAUGAUACCCAGAGACAUAUCAACCAAAACUCAGGAUGGAAUAAUGAGGGUAGCUGAUAUAACCCGUGAGGUUGCUCAGCUGAAUGCUACGUGUAUGAAGGCGGUAGGUUGGAAAUCUCCGACUAAUUCAUCUAGGUACGAAGGCAACCGUGUACAUGAUACUACAGCAUCUCUAAGAAGCUUCUUUUCCCGACUUACUGGCUCAUCCACAACUGAUGAUAAAUAUUCAAAAUCUGAGAAGUCUGGCCGGAAUGGCACCGAAGAGAACCUUCUUGCUUACAAUAAUUCCUCCGUCUUCCUCCAAAUCACUACCGGCCACAUCAAGACAUCAGUUUCACAAUCUUUUAGCCACGAGUUAGAGCGGGCAACAAAAAAGCCGCCUCCAAAAACAACGAGGCUUGCGAUACUUACCACGUCAUAUACUGCUUCCCCCAUUUCGGCGAGCCCUGACACACAGGACAUCUUUAGCAGUGUUACCCCAUCCCGUUCUGGAAGAAUUUAUAUCGGUUUCCCGACUCACCAGACCACAGGCUUGAACGCGCAUGUAUCAGCCCCAUCAUUGAUUCCAACCGUGGAGCGAGAGAGCAUAGAUUUAAAUGCUCGUUGGGUUCGUACUUGGAAUCUUGAGCUUCUGCGAGUUGUUGGGAUUGUUUGUAGGAUUGCUUGGUCCGCUGAGAUGUCAUCCCUAAAGGAUCAACUUCUUUUCAGGCUUAAAAAGUCCGGAAGGUCUUAUCUUCAGAAAGAAGAUAUCAGCGCAGUUCUUCCGGAGACCAUUCAUAUUUCAAAUCAGUUUGUCUUUCGGGAGUCAACUCCAACUUCACAAGUACGGCAGGUGGUUGAAGAUUCUUUCUGGACCUGCAGCCAGAAUGCCUACUUGGAGAUCCUAUCUACUCGUGGUAUCCUUCCAAGCCACCAAGUCCGGACUGCGCCAAAGGACCUUAGUUUUAUGGAUGGAAUUCCAGUUCUCCCUGAACAGUUGGUCUCCGAAGCUAGGGGAUUUGUUGGAAGAUUGAUUGAGUUCGGCUUAAUCACCGAAGUCACAAUAACUGAUAUCAAGACCGAGUUAGAGAACAAGGCCUUAACCUCGCCGCAGCUGCAUGAGUUUCUUUCAUGGAUUAUUCAGAAGUCUAAGCACGGGGAAAUUAACAAUGCCACAGUCAAGUCGCUUCUUGCAGUUGCAGUGGCUAACAACGAAGAAGGUGAUAGAGGCUCCGCACUCCUAGUAUUAAGAGAUAUCAGUUGCUUUGCCAAUUUGACCCGUAUCUCACCGGAAUUGCCACUACCCCCUUUUGUUCUUCCGCCUAAAUUUUCAAAACCAUUACCAGCGCCUGGCCUAUUGUCGAUCGGUUGGCAGGAACUGCAGGUCGAUACUUGGGUCCAGUGGCUGGUGCAUAACUCCUCUAAUCGCAACCUUUUACCAGCUGAACACGAUAUAACCCGCUCGCGUGAUUUUGCUAUCCGUGUUCUCCCGGUUGUGUCUAAACAAUGGGAUUCCAUACCAGCUAGCUCGAAGAAAGAAAUAGUUGAUUCUUUGCGGCAACAUACGGUCAUCCCCACAAAGACGGGGAUGAGUAAACCACAAGAAGCCUACUUUCCUUCAGUCCGGAUCUUUGAUGAUCUUCCAGUUGUCACCGGCCUGAAUGGCGUCAAAGAGAAAUUUCUAGGUGACUUGGGUGUGCGAAAAACUGUGGACAUUAGUAUUAUCUUUGAACGUCUUUUGAACAAUUCCAAAGAUAGGACAGAUACGGGUGCAGUAUCCCAGGCGAAAUGGAGCCAUGUCGAAUUGAUUAAAUAUUUAGCUUCUGUUCGCCAGGAUAUACCCCCAGAAGAUAUAACAAAGCUCCGCAAGGCUAAAAUAUGUUCUGCAGAGACAAAAGGUGACGGAAAACCAUCCGAAGAACGUUAUCAAGUUUCACAACUGUUUGAGCCAAACGCCGCUUUCAGAGAUCUUGGUUUUCCUCUCCUAUACUGGCCCGGAAAAUAUCUCCCCUCAAGCGCCGAGGGCAAAUUUUUGGCCUCUCUUGGGUUGAAGAGCAUACCAACAGCGGCUGAAAUGAUUAAACUCAUGGCAUAUGCUGCAGCCUCUAAUGAUUUAAGGCUUCUCGACAAAGCCAUGGGUUAUUUCAUUACAAACCAUGUCUCCAAUAAUUAUGCAAAUUUUGACUAUAGUCAAUCCAUGACUCCGUUCCUACCAGUAGAAGGGGGUGGCCUAAGUAACCCUUCAAAUUGUUUCACUGCCGAAGGAGCUGCACUGUUUGGGUUUGACAUUCUUCGCAGGGAUUUGCAUCCUCAUGCUUUGAAAUUUGGAGUGAGUCAUCACCCAUCGAUCAACGAAUGUAUCACCAUCCUCAUUAAAAAACGCCCGGAAUCGAAAUCCCAAGCAAGAGCCCUUUUUAAAUAUAUGGCCAGCCGUGUUGCUGAAAUUUCACCUCCAUCUGCCGCACGCAUUGGGCAAGCCCCCAUAAUCCCUAUAGACCGGAAACCCCUGACAGAAAAGAGCACUGCCACAAUGCAAUACGUUGCUCCUCGCAACUGUUACCUCGGUGAUUCUGACGAAUAUGGAGAUAUUUUUGAUUUUGUGGAUUUUGGCACUGAGGCAAACAUAUUUCUCCUUGCAUGUGGCUCCAAGAGGCAGCCAACACAUUCUGAACUGGCUUCUAUCCUUGUUAAGGAACCUACGAGGAUAUCAUCUAAGCUGCAGAGCUCUGAAAAGUACCUGAAGCUAUUACGAGGAAUUGCAGAGAACAUGCCAACAAUCAGAAAGGACAAAGCCCUCUUCGCAGAGAUGAAACGUGCUCCAUUCCUAUUCGCAAGCAAGGAGAUUCCUCGGAGUUCAGACACCAAGAAGUCACUUCUAGAUACGGGAGAAUCUAGUGAUGAUGAAGAAGAGGAACAGGCAAUUAAGGAGUGGCAUUUAACAAGUGCCGCGGAUGCAGUUAUCGUUGAUGACUAUUCCAGCUUUAGCCUCUUCAAGGAGAAAUUGCUCGCAGCCCCACAGGAAGAAUUACUCGAAGAUAUGUAUUCCACUCUUGGAUCUUCCAAUUUGAGCAGUUUGAUUGAUGAGACAGCUCAAUGUGGCCAACUUAGUUCUGACCAGCGCAGUGCAUGGAAACUACAAAGGCUCAUAUACGAGAGGUCUAGGCUCUUCUUGCAUGACCUUCCGAGUAACACGAUACGCCGUGAUACUCGAUGGUUAGAGAAGAACCUAAGUGUUCAGACAGUGCGCAGCAUUAAGCUGCGACGCUCUCUCCGGGGCUGGGGAAUGUCCCACGUAGAAGACCGCAGUGCUGUAAUGACACAUAAGCUAAGCAGCGUUGUUUUGUCAAUUGCAGAGGGCAAGCUUGAUCUAUAUCAGAUCAGUCAAGCUCUCGUAAGCAUUAUAUUAUCGAGGCCGAAGCUUCACUCUACACUUACAUUAGAGAUGUUGUUGAAGACAGAUCUCCUGGAAUUACGGGCAAGAGGGUACAAUGUCGAAAGAAUUCUCCGUCAGAAAGCAGCUGAAGCAAGAAUUGCAGAGCAACAGCGACAAAGCCAGCUUGAAAAGGAGAUGCAGCAGGCACGAGAAAUGCAAGAGAUGGAAAAGAAAAGAACAGAAGAGCUUCAAGAAUCGCAGCGGCUUGCAGUUCAGCAACAGCAUGAAGCAGCCAUGCCUGGUAUUUUCCCGGAUUCUCCUACAAACAGCUUGACUAGACAUUCAUCUCCGCCUCCCAUUUCGCGGCCAAAUGAAAACCAACCUCCAGGUGGUCUCCUUUCCGAUUUAACAAAGAGGUUUGGCCUGCCGUUCGAUUUCCCUCAAAAUAACUUGAAAAAGCAUCUGUCCGACAGACUUACAACCCGAGAAGAGGAGAAAAAGGAUUCUCUCCAAACUAUUACUACCUCCCCAGGGGCGUUACAGUCGCAAUUGCAAUCCGCGAUCAAUGCUUCACAGCCAUUUACAUCAAAUGAACUACGCAGUCAGGGACAACAAAAGGAAAUCGAAGAAAAGAAAACAUAUUGUGAUGAACGUCCUGCGCAAGAUCUCAAGUUCUUCUGUCUGCUGGGAGGUAUCAAGAUAUUUAUUGGAAAGGAACCCAGGGAUCCGGAAGCGUUCAUUCGUGCUAACCACUCUAACGUUGAGUUAUUUAGCAAAAUACUUACAGAUUGUGCAAAGAUCUUUGGGCUUCGCCUAGAAACUCUCAGCAUAUUCUACGAUACCAGUGGGAAAACGAUUGCUUUUAACUCUGGUGGCAGUUUGUUCUGCAAUUUCGCCUAUUUUGAACGCUUGCACCUUGAAAAAGUUGUUCGGGACGAAAGGAGGGAAGGGUUAGUGUACUGGUUCGUGAUUUUAUGCCACGAACUUGCACACAACCUUGUAUCCGAUCAUGGGGCGGAACAUGGCUUUUAUACCAAGAUCCUCACCGACAGAUAUCAGCCACGGUUGUGGACCAUACUUCCAUCCUGGGAUAAACAGAAAGUUCUCCGCAAUUACGCCGUUGGAUUUUCCUGA